GAUUCACAGAACAGCCUCAGCUUCAGAGCAAUGUUUUACAAUAGUACAAUAGUACUUACAAUAGUAAGAGUAAGUAAGUAUUUACUGAACAAGUUAGUUUAGAUAUUGACACAUUUCUCCUGUUUUGACAAAUCUAGGUUGCCUGGUCGUUUCAAGGCUUGGAUCUACCAGCAUGCCAUUGUUCCCAGGGUUCUGUGGCCGCUGCUCCUGUAUGAUGUCCCAAUGUCAACUGUGGAAGUCCUGGAGAAGAAGAUCAGCAGUUACUUGCGAAGGUGGCUCGGCUUGCCGAGGAGCCUAAGCAGUGCUGCCCUGUACGGGUCCACCAACGCCCUACAGCUCCCCUUCAGCGGCCUCUCAGAAGAGUUUGUGGUGACACGGACAAGAGAGGUCAUGCAGUACAGGGACUCCAGGGACCCCAAGGUGGCAACAGCUGGCAUUGAAGUCCGCACAGGCAGGAAGUGGAGUGAUGCCAGAGAGCUACAGGCAGCGGCGGCGCGGCUAAGGCAGAAGGCCCUUGUUGGGACGGUGGCAAGAGGGCAAUCAGGUCUGGGCUGCUUUCCAGGCGGCCAGGUGGACAGAGCUAAAGGGAAGGACCGACAACAUCUCCUCCAGGAGGAAGUGCGCACAUAGUUUGCAGAGGAAAUCCUGUUGUUUGGUGUAUGUCGACGGAACAGGGGCGGUAAAAUGAAUGAAUGAUUGAAUGAAUGAAUGAUUUAUUACCAGAGGAGGAGAGGGCUGUGAACUAGCUUGUCUGUGCAACUUUAUUGGCUUUAAUGUUGUGUGAACAGUUUAGGGGAGGUUUUAGAAUGAAUGUCUAUUUUACAUGAAAUGUCAAAAUCCAGAGAUGUUGGUGGUACACUGAUGAGUGAAUGGAAUGACUGUUUCAUUAUAAUGCUUUUAUAAUUGGCUACUUAAUUAUUAAAGCUUGAAAGAAACAUCAGGAAAGUUUGUUUAGUAUUGAUGAUGCUACUCUGGUCUCUGGUUCCUUCCCUUCUUGCACCUUUCAAAUACAUUUGUAAGUAAUUGGUGUCUUGUAAGCCUGUUUGGGCUGGGCACAUCAUUUGUGUAUGGCAUAAUAAUAAAAAUGAAAAAAAAGUGUGGAUGGAUAAUGUAAUGUUUGCUUUCUUUUUCUCUUCAUCAGUUCUAAAUGUUGUCUGUGAUAUAAUGCAGUUAUUUUGUUUGUAGUCCCAGAAGGCCAAGGGGUUCCUCAACAUUGCCAAGGAUGGUGGAGUGCUCAGGUUUUGCUGUCUUCUCCAUGACAUCUAUCAACUGAGCAACCUCUCCAAGUCACUGCAGAGGUCAGUGUCAACCCUGGCCUCCACUCAGGCUGUCAUAGAAAAGUACAAGUCAAGACCUGGGCCUAAGCUGAGAGCAGUGCUCGACACAGACACCUUUGAGGGAGUCCUCCUGAAGCCUACUGAUGCUGACCAGCAUGACGAGGCAAAGAACGAGCUCAUUGACUCUCUGUGCCGGUGCAUCACUGCUAGAUUUAGUGAUGUGAACAGUGGUGUCCUGCAGGCUAUGCGGCUGACCAGUUUCCAGUGCUGGCCAGAAGCAGACAUGAGUUCAGAUUUUGGAGAUGGAGAGAUAAACAAACUCAUCAGUCACUUACAGCCUCUUCUGCUGUCUGCUGGAGUGGAUGUGGAGUUGAUCCCUGAUCAAUGGACAAUUCUCAAGACUGAACUGUACACAGCAGGAUUCAGCCAAGGAACCUUUGAGAAGACCUGGCCUACUGUGAACAGAAUGCUCCGCCAUCGGUGUCCUGACGUCCUUGAUCUCUUUGAUGCUCUCCUCACCAUCCCUGCAACUACAGCUGAGCGCCUGAAAGAUUCUGAUGGUCCAUUCAUUAAAGUUUGGUUGCAACUGUGGAUGAAGUGUAAAUUGUUGGAGGUUGAAAUGCUGAAAAAGGACCCUGAUCACCAGCUGGUAGAAGACCUGAUGGUUGCUACAUUUUCUCAGCGCAGAGAUGAACCAUUCAUCACAGAAAUAAUUUCCAGAUGGCCAGCUCUGUUCCAUGACAGACAGAUCAGGGCAGAAUUCAAGAGAAUUGUCACCACAGACCUUCUGCAAUCUUUUCUCGAUGGACUUGAUGGCCUGGUCCCAAGACUGCUGGAGGUAUACAAAGCAGGAACUAAGUCUGGAAAGAAGCAGUCACUCAAAGAAAUUUUGAACUGCCUUGAGAAAGAUGACACAAAUGAGAGGAGAAGGACUGCUGCUUGGCUUGGACUGCCACACUACAUAUCAGGCGAAGAUCCUUCAGACGUCAUCAGGAUGUGUGAUGAUAUGGAAAGAGUUCCUGUCAAGAAUGUUGCUGAUGAGACUUACGUGAUGUGGUGGUACGCUGUCCGAGCUCCGCGCCUUUUCGAUAAGUUUGGCGGCACAACAACUACUAUCAGGGAGAUGGAGACUAGCCUGUCCAACCACAGCAACAGGAUUACGUAAUUGGAGCUUGACGUGGGCGGGCUCCAGUCUGACCUGGGAUCGGUGGUGAAGGAGAAUAUGGAGCUUAAAGCCAAAGUGGAGGACUUGGAGUCCAGUUCAAAGUGCCAAAAAGUCAGAGUGCUGGGACUCCCGAAGAAUAUGGAGGGAAAAGAUGCUAGGGUCUUUAUGGCCAAGUUGUUCGCUGACCUGCUGGGGGACCUGCUCUCUGGGGCGCCUGAGUUGGACCGCGCUCACCGCAGCCUGCAGACGAAGCCUCGCCCGGAUGAACCUCCAUGACCUGUUAUUGUCAGGUUUCAUCGCAGUCUUAUCUGUCUUGUGUAUCAUAAAUGACAAAUGCCUCUGUAAUGCCAGGGGGAAGAGCCGGACAUCAAAUUAACAUUAUUACUUGGAAUGUGCGGGGCUUGGCGGGGCAGAUUAAGCGUUCCAGGGUUUUCUCACACCUAAAGCAUCUCUCCACUGAUAUUGCUUUUUUGCAAGAGACACACCUGCUUACAGUUGACCAUAUUAGGCUCCAUAAACCAUGGGUUGGACAAAUAUGUCAUUCCAAUUUCAACAGUAAAUCCGGAGGAACAGCAAUUUUAAUAUAUAAGCGAAUUAAGUUUAUCCCAAUUCACAUAAUAUUCUGAUCCUGGUGGUCGCUUCAUUAUAGUUUCUGGUACUCUUCAUCAAACACCAGUUGUAUUAGUCAGUGUGUAUGCACCGAAUUGGGAUAGCCCAAAUUUUAUGUCCACGAUGUUUUCCCAUCUACCAAAUUUACACUCAUCACCUCAUAUUAGGAAGAGUUCUAAACUGUGUUGUUAAUCCAAGCCUUGACCGUUCACAGUCCAGAUCGACCACACCAACAGUAAUGUCUAAAACUUUAUCAACACUUAUGGAUCAGGUGGGUUGUGUUGACCCUUGGCGUUUCUUUCACCCUAAUGUUUAAGACUUUUCUUAUUUCUCUACUGUCCAUCAAGUCUACUUCCGCAUAGAUUUUUUCGUUUUUGAUAAGGCCCUUCUACCUUACGUCAGAUCUACAGAUUACACUGCCAUAGUAACUUCCGAUCAUGCUCCUCACAUACUUGAGUUAUGUCUCCCCUCGGAUUUGCAUAGACAUCAAGGAGGCUGGAAGUUGAACACAGGCUUGCUGGCUAAUGCAGAGUUCUGUGACUAUAUAUCUUCAGAUAUAGAUUGACAGAUCUGAUCUCAUUUCCCCAUCGCUUCUAUGGGAAACAUUAAAAACUGUCAUCCGUGGGCGUAUCAUCUCUUUCAGUGCGCAUUUGGCCAAAACCAGAAGAGUGAGACCGCAACAACUUAGGGACGCUAUCUUAGACAUAGAUAGGCAACAUGCCUCUUCACCAAAUCCUGCUUUAGCAGCUAAACAUCUGCAACUGCAAGCUAAAUUUGACCUGUUAAAUCCCCUUCUGUCCUUACCCCUAUUUGCAAUAACCAUCUCUUUCUACCUUCUUCACUAGACCCAGCUUUUAAAAACUGGAAGAAGAGAGGCCUGGUUUCUUUUUUCUUUGACAUUUGGUAGUUUGGAGAACCUUGUCACUAAAUUUGAUCUACCCAAUUGUGGUCGAUUUAGAUAUUUCCAGCUUCGUAAUUUUGUAAGAACUCACUUCACGUCCUUCCCUAAACUACCUGAGAAGACUCUUCUAGAAAAUAUAAUGUCUCCCUCAGCAUCACAAAACGGCAUUGGAUCAAUUUACAUUCUUCUUCUCUCUUCGCAAGCAUCUUCUCUUUUAUGGCUAAAAGACACAUGGGAAAAAGAGCUUGGGCUGGGUCUUGACGAGGAUUGGUGGAGAGGGUCACUGCUCAGGAUCAGCUCGACUAGCUCUUGUGCUCGCAUUAGCCUUAUUCAGUUUAAAGUGGUUCACAGGAUCCACUAUACUAAAGCUUGUGUAUAUGUUAUGGUUCAUUUUUAUUAUUAUUAUCAUUAUUGUUAUUGUUUUUAUUAUUAUAAUUAAAUAUUCUUUUUCUCCUUUUAUCUACCUCAUGAAAGUGCACAUUGUACCCUCUAAGACUAGGGUGGGUGGUAGAUGGGUGGAGGGUGAACACAGGGAGUUGGCUGCAUUGUAUUUUGCCUGUAUGUUCUUUCAUAGUCUACUUAAAAAAAGAAAAUAUGAAAAUGUCAGACUUCUCACUUACAGUUAAUCUGUAUCCUGUUUGUAACAUGCUUUGAAGUUUGUUCAAUAAACAUAUAUAUAUAUAUAUAUAUAUAUAUAUAAGAAAGAAGAAUGUUGCUUUUUUUAAUAUACUGUACUGUACUUUGAUGUUUUGUUUUGUUUUGAUUAGGGUUGAUGGUCUUAAUACAGACUGGUGAUGUUGUUUUAAGGUGAAAUGCAAAGUUCCUAGCUUCAGAAAGUUCUAUCUUUUCAAUGGACUCUGUAAUGGACACUACGUUUCCUCCUUUCUUUAGUCAUUUGGGUUGCAGAAUCAGAAUUUAACUGCUCGUUCUUGUCUUUAACAUAGUUUUAGAAUGUUAAAUGCACUUAAAUUAUAUUUUGUUUAAUUUGCUGUUGAGGCUGUAAAUUGAGAUAAUUGUGCAAAUAAAUAUUUUUUGAACAGAUGAGUUCUAAGUUGAAGUGAAGUUUUGGUUUAUUACAUUUCUAAUUUUUAAAAAGGGUUAGGUUGAGUGAGUACUCAACCCUCGAGUAUACGGUAAAGAUGUACUUUUUACGCAUACAAUUAUCAAACAAGUAAAAUGGGUCAAUAUCUAAACUAACUUGUUCAGUAAAUACUUAGACUGUAAAAAAUUAUCAAGGUGGUUUAACUUAGAAACCUAAGUGGAAUUGCUGCCUUAAAAACAUGAGUAGAAACAACUUUAAAAUGUAAUUGGUAUGAAUAUAGUUUGUUAUCUUGACUUGAAAAUGUGAGUUGACAUAGUAUGGAAUUGUAAGUUUUCUUCAAUAGACAACGUAAUAUAGUUCGUUGUUUAAACUAGUAUCAAGUUUAAGUAAUAAAUGAUCAUUA